AUGGCCAAGAAGAAACCCAAGCAGCCAUCGGUCGCAGGAGAAGAUGGCGCCGCCGACAAAUCGCCUCGAAGCCCCGACGCCCCGGCCCCUCCUCCCCAGCAACCGUCGGCAGCCAAGAAGAGCUCCAGGGCUCCAAGCGAAGCAUCUGUAACGCCUUCGUCCUCGUCGCUCAUAAUAUGUCGCAACAAGCACUGGCGACACAUUUCUUCCUUCCACGGCGCCUGGCUCCAGAUGCCCACUGAGAUCCUCGAGACCAUCGCAAACAUAAACUACAACACCCAGCGUCCUCGCCCCAUCGAUCCCGCCAUCCUGUUUGACCUCAUCAAGAUUCGCAAAAACGUCGACGAGGCCGCCGACCUCGCCGUCAGGGCUGCCAGCGACACCGCCUCCCCGACGCUUUCGUCCGUCAAUGGUGGCAUGCCAGGUGUGUCCUCGAUGAACGCCUUUGGCCUGGGCUUGACCGGUCACGGCACAAAGUUAAGUCGCGAGAGAAGGUUUCGCAUGCGAGAACUGGCAAGCCAGAAGCUUGCCCGUGCCUAUCGCUUAGACGAGAUUGCUUCCAGUGUCGCCACCAUGCAGGGCGCCUCGACCCUCGAGGACAUUGGAGCCCUGGUGCUCCAGCACAGUCCCGAGGAUCCUGACGCCAAAUAUGUCCACUUCUUCCACCAAAAGAUCCCCUCACGCCACCUGGCCGAGUCGACGAGCCUGCAACCCCUCGAGGACAUCAUGUCCACCAGGGCUGGUCAGCCAGAGGUACUGCGCACCCUGGCCACGGUCAAGAUUUUCAAGGGUGACUUGGACGGCGCUGCCCAGGAUCUUACAGACGCCAUGGCCCUGUCGAGAUAUCGUGGGGAGUCGCAUCGGUCCAGUGCUGACAGUGUGCAACAAGCCCAGCAGGCACAAGGCAGUAGGAGGCGGCUGCCAGAUGUGAUUCUUUCCCAAGAUGGCCAGCCAAGCGGUCUUGACUCGCAGCUUCUCUUCCAGCGCGGAUGCGUCUACCUCUCCAUGGCCAGCCUGUGCGUCUCGGACGGCAUUCCCUGUCCGACAGCCCCCUCUGCCGAGGCAAACGGCUCCGAGAAGCAUGCCGCCGACGACGCUGAUCAUGAUGGGCCUGACGCCGAGAAACGAGAUGCAGACACCAGUGCCGAGGCCUUGAAACUGCAGGCCGAUUCGCGAAGACAUGUCAAGUUCAUGGCCAAGCGAGCGCUCCGGGACUUGAUGGCCUUUCUCGCCCAGUUCGACUACACGCCCGACAUGCCCAUCAAGCUCAACAAGGAGUUCAAUGAGCGCGUCUUCCUCGCUUCCCAGGGCGUCCGGAAUCCUCGCUGCUCCGACGCAGGCGGCCCAUUGGAGCCGCACACGCUUUACUCGCUGGCCGAGCUUUUCUCGGCCGUGCCGCCUUCGAAUCUCCCGGCGUACCCAAGUCAGGACAUGGUUAGGCGCGAUGAACUGAGUCCACGGCCGGCCACUACUUGCGAGUGGGUGACUUACCAUCCGCUUCUCACCGAGGCUCUGCACUCCCUCCUCCUGUGCCAUUGUCUGGCUCAGACUUCGGUCAAGGAACUUCAGCGCCACGCAUACAUGGUCGCGCGCCUCGUCAGGCUGUGUGAGGGCUAUCCUGUAUUCCAAGCGAGCAGGUCGCCCGCACGUACAGACUGGGUCGAGGUUCUCCGAAGAGCUAAGAACUGGCUGAAUCUCUCGCCGAGUUGGGAAAGUCUCUGCUUCCCAGCGCCCCUCCCGGUCUACGACCCGCAUCCCCACCCAGCGUCGGCUGCGCAUGAUCCAGCCAGGGCCACUGCGGCCACGGCCCUCAUUAACGGCAGCUCCGCCGUCUCGGCCCAGGAGAAUCGCAAGGCUACCCUCCCCGAGCCGAAUCCGGCGGAGGAUAUACCAGGGAAACGGACCGUGGAUCGGCAGGUGACCCACCAGGCAACGACCUCAGCGAAGAAGAAGGAUGCCGCCCUCGACGUCAAGAGCUCGGCGGGCAUCGGGCCCAGCAGGAGCGAUUCUACGCCGGCUCCGGCCCCGGUCAGCCUUGAAUCUGCCGUGUGGUGGGCCAGCGAUGACGGCAGAGAUUACCCCAUUGCGUCGGACCGCUCCGUGUGCAUUGCGCAGUGGGUGCUGGAGGCGCCCCAGGUCACUGGAAUCAAGCGCAAGAAGCGCGCGAAGAAGAGCACCGCCAAGGUAGGCGAGGCGGCCGAGGACCUCGCCAAGCUGGACUUUGGCGAGGCCAACGAUGCGUAG